UUUGGACCUAAAGUCAACUAGUUAUCUGUUUGUACUUUGGCCCUUCUCACUCCCACUACAUGUGAAGAGGGGAAGGAGCUUUCGGAAGUCCGUGAGAUGAAAAGAGGAAAAACACAGUCUAAAUUUACGAAAGGGAAAAGGGAGGACGGGAGGAAGCACACUGAGAUGGCAUCUGACAAGCAUCACGGAUCAGUUGUCGUAGCAGUUAUCGCGGUACUAUUUGCCAUUCUUGUAGCGCCGCUCACCGCCGAAAUCCCCUCCUCUCAUCCCCACCGCAAGUCUCAGGCGUUGAAAAUGGACGAGGCAGCUCUUAUUGUGAACAAUGAACUGGACAGUGAUGUGAUCGUGUCGGUCCUGUCUGAUCAUUGUUUUCAGUGUUUGUUCCAGCCCCUCGGUGUGGUGCCGGCAGGCCCAGGCCCAGGCAAGCCCAGUGCGGUCAGCUUCACAGUGGACACACAGCACAGCAUAGCCCUGCAGCUGAACAGAACCCCAGUCAACCGAGAGCUGUGCCGGGUCUCCUUUCACUUUGGGGAGCAUGGAAAUUACUCUCUGUGGGUGAAGAAUUUAAACAGCUCUUCUGAGGUGAACUGUUCCCUGGUUACAGACACGGAGCCAAUUAACAGCUACCUACCUAUCUUGUUUGCAGCCUUGGUUUUCGUUGGAUUAUCUGUGUUGGCUGCAGUCGGGAAGUCUAUUCUUGGGUUGCAAGUGGUGAGAAAUCUUCUCUUCCGUUUGGGGAACGCCAUGGAGACGGAGCGGCUCAUUAACUCUGAGCUUGGCCCCCCCAACAGGAUGAUGGAAUCCUCCACUGAGUCCAUCACUCCAGCCUCCACAGGACGAAGACUCCGAUCCCUCGACACUUUUCGUGGGCUGGCACUAGUGAUAAUGGUCUUCGUUAACUAUGGGGGAGGGAGAUACUGGUUCUUCAGACAUGAAAGCUGGAAUGGACUCACUGUCGCUGACCUGGUCUUUCCUUGGUUUGUGUUCAUUAUGGGAACAUCUGUGUCAAUGUCCAUGAGCUCAGCACUGCGGCGAGGAACCAAGCGCACCCACCUGCUCUGGAAAGUUCUGUGGAGGAGCCUUCAGCUCUUCCUCAUUGGAGUCUUCAUCAUCAACCCAAACUAUUGCCAAGGGCCCUUGUCCUGGGAUGCCCUCCGUAUACCUGGUGUCUUACAGCGUCUGGGAUUCACCUACCUUGUUGUUGCUGUUUUGGAUCUUGUCACUGCCAAGGACAGACUGGACAACCUUCCAACCGAAGCCUGGUGGUAUCCUGCGUGUGAGGUCUUGCUCUACUGGCCUGCUUGGCUGUGUGUGGUUGCCCUGGAAACAGUGUGGUUGUGCCUGAGCUUCCUGCUGCCGGUGCCAGGUUGUCCGACUGGCUAUUUGGGUCCAGGAGGAAUUGGGGACUUUGGCCAGUUCCCAAAAUGCACUGGGGGAGCAAGUGGCUACAUCGACCGCUGGAUUCUGGGAGAGAACCAUAUUUACCAAACCCCGUCGCCACGGCUUGUUUACCAGACGACGGUGCCGUAUGAUCCUGAGGGGAUUCUUGGCAGUGUUAACUCUGUACUGAUGGCUUUCCUAGGCCUCCAGGCAGGUAAGAUUCUACUGCACUACAAGGACCAGCACGGAAAAAUAAUGGCUCGUUUUCUCAUAUGGGGACUCAUACUGGGCCUUGUAUCAGCUGUCCUGACCAAGUGUUCUCGAGACCAUGGCUUCAUUCCCGUCAAUAAGAACUUAUGGUCCCUGUCCUAUGUCACCACUCUGAGCUGCUUUGCGUAUGUGGUUCUAGUGGUUGUGUACUACACAGUGGAUGUGAGGAAGUGGUGGUCUGGGGCGCCUUUCUUCUACCCUGGUAUGAACUCCAUCCUGGUCUACGUGGGUCAUGAAGUGUUUGAAGGAUAUUUUCCCUUCCGCUGGAAGAUGACCAAUACUCAGUCACACGCUGAGCACUUGACCCAGAACCUGGUGGCCACGUCUCUCUGGGUCCUCAUCUCCUUCCUGCUGUACAAGAAGAAGAUCUUCUGGAAGAUCUAAGCUCCACCGCCGUGAAGGUCACAGUCAGGAGGGACGGAGACGACCUUGCCCAAGAGAGGGUCAGAGACGAAGGUGGAGCGAUGAUAAAUCCCGAGCGGAGGAGCCAACCUGUUACGGACCUUGUUUUCUCAGAGGAAUGUUGUUAAGCCCAGGAGGCUGCUGCCACGUCAGCGCUGAGCGUUGGAAGCAGCUGAACACGAGCUGAACACGAGCUCGACCCAGAGUCUGAGGAGUCAUCGUGGUUCAGUCUGAGCUGCACAGAGACACAGGGUUUGGAAAACCUCAGACAUAUUUCAUCCCCUCGAUUAAACCCAUUGUAAUGGAGAAUGGUUCUGUGAUACAGCAUGCCUGCUGCUGCUUGCAGGUACUGCUUAAUCUGUAUUUCAUAUUAAAUAAACA